AAACAAAUAUGAUCCCCUCUAAUACAGAAGACUACAUAUUGAUUGCAAAAGUGGGAUUGACAAAUCUAAAGAUUAUAAUAGAAUUAUUAAAAGCUACUAACUUUAAAGAGAUAGCUACUUGCCUCGGUAGUGAAAAUGGAUUGAAAAUCACAGUUGAGGAUGCAAAAUGUAUGCAAGCCAGUGCAUAUAUCCCAUCUACAGUUUUUGAUGAAUUUGAAUUGAAAGAAGACGUGACGUUUUCAUUAAGUCUGAACAUAUUAGUGGAUUGCCUUUGUAUGUUCUGGCCUACUUCACAAGAAGAUUCCGUCACAGUGCAAAUAUUUUACAAAGGUACAGGCUAUCCUCUAAGUAUUAUCAUUGAAGAAGAUGGAAUUAUAACAGACUGCUCGUUGAAAACUUUAGAAGUAGAGGAAUUGUUAGAUUUCCAUCUUGAUACAGAAAACGUUGUAAAUAAAGUAGUGUUGCAAACAGAAUUAUUGAAGGCUGUCAUGGCUGAAUUAGAUCCAACUAGUCAACUAGUCAAGUUAUGUUUAUCGCCAGAAAAACCCUUCUUCAGAAUUAGUUUGGAAAGUAUAGGCAGCGUUUGCCACAUCGACUUACCACAUGAUAACGAUUUAAUAGACACAUUUCAAUGUACGACAACGGUUACAUCCACUUUUAAAUUAGAGUAUAUUAAACCGGCAAUGAAAGCGUUAUCAUGUGCAAGCAAGGUUUCCCUAAGAACUAAUAACGCCGGUCUAUUAUGUUUUCAAUAUAUGAUUAAAACCGAAAAUGGAAAUACAUGUUACAUGGAAUAUUACAUCUCUCCAUUAAUUGAAAAUUUGGAAUGAUGAAUAGUGAUGAUAUAAACAUAUCAAAUCAAAAAUAAAAUAUAUUCAGA